AUGGAUCGUACUUGGAUGUACGAUAGAGUAUAUUCCAAUAGACACGGAUUGAAAGAAGAGUAUGUUCGCGGGGUUAAAGACUUCGUAAAGAGGGCUUUGAAACAACCUAUUUGUAAAUCUGAGGGAGGGAUAAGGUGUCCGUGUAUAAAUUGCAAGUGUCUCAAGAUAAGAACACCAACUAAUGUUAGACUUCACUUGUAUCGAGAUGGAUUUCAACCAGACUAUUGGAUUUGGACUCAACAUGGAGAAGUAGAGCUCAAUGUUAAUACAAGGAAUGAUUCAAAUAGUAGUGAGCAUGUGCAUCAUGAUGACCAAAUUGAGGCAAUGAAUCAGAUGGUGUAUGAUGCUUUUAGGCCUUAUGGAGUAUUCUCUCACGUGAAUGAUAACAUAGAAGUUGAGGAAUAUACGGAGGAUGAGUUUCCCAACGAAGAUGCCAAACGAUUUUAUGACAAGUUGAUAUCUUUCAACAAGCCCAUUUAUGAGGGAGCUACCCAAUCAAUAUUAUCAAUAUCUACUCAACUUCUUGAAAUUAGGUCUAAUUGGCAUGUACCACAAAAAGGUUUAGAUUUUGUUGCACAAAUGCUUAAAAGUGUAUGUCCGGUUCAAAAAUGCUUGCCCGAGAACUAUUACCAAGCAACACAGUUGGUAUCUAAGUUAGGGCUAAAGGUUGAGAAGAUUGAUUGUUGUAAGAAUGGUUGUAUGUUAUAUUACAAGGAUGAUAGCAAUCUAUCAGAGUGCAAAUUUUGUAAUGCUCCUAGGUUCAUUCCUCGCAAGACUGGCAUGGGAAAGUACAAAGAUAUCCCAGUGAAGAGGAUGUUCUACUUCCCAAUCAUUCCCAGAUUACAAAGAUUGUAUGCAUCAACUGAGUCGGCAAGUGAAAUGAGAUGGCAUCACAUGAACAAAAAUAGUUCCAACAUCCUUCGCCACCCGUCAGAUGGAAAAGCAUGGAAACAUUUUGAUAGUGUAUAUCCUGACUUUUCUAGGGAACCCAGAAAUGUAAGGUUGGGUCUGUGUUCAGAUGGUUUUACUCCUUACAUUCAAGCGUCUGCUUCUCCAUACUCAUGUUGGCCAAUAAUAGUUACUCUGUAUAAUCUCCCCCCUGAAAUGUGCAUGACCAAACCAUACUUGUUUUUGGCAUGCCUCAUACCCGGACCUAAAAACCCUAAAUUAAAGAUAGAUGUCUACUUGCAACCAUUGAUUGAUGAUCUACAUCGAUUGUGGUCCAAUGGAAUAUUGACCUAUGAUAUAUCUACAAAACAAAACUUCAUCAUGAAAGCCUGCUUGAUGUGGACAAUUAAUGAUUUUCCAGCCUAUGGUAUGUUAUCUGGAUGGGGAACACAAGGUAAAUUGGCAUGCCCUCAUUGUAUGGAACACACUGAUGCUUUCACCUUGAAAAGUGGCCAUAAGAAUUCCUGGUUUGACUGUCAUCGUCGUUUCUUGCCAUCUAAUCACUCCUUCAGAAGGAGUAAAAGAAGUUUCCUAAAAAAUAGGGUUGUGACCAAUGAGCCACCUCCCAUUUCCACAGGGAAAGAUAUAUGGGCGGUAAUAAGUAAUUUUCCAAAAGUUACUGAAAUUGGAUGGGAGGCGAAAUGGAAAGAAUUCGAAGGGUAUGGAGUGGAUCACAAUUGGAAAAAGCGAAGUAUUUUUUGGGAUCUCCCAUAUUGGAAGGAUAACUUGUUAAGGCAUAACCUCGAUGUGAUGCACAUAGAAAAAAACGUCUUCGAUAAUAUAUUUAAUACUGUCAUGAAUGUUAAGGAUAAAACAAAGGAUAAUGAAAGGCAAGAGAAGACUUGGCUAAAUUAUGCUUUCGCGGGGACUUGGAGCUCCAACCCUUAG